AUGAAGUGGGCGAUUAAGACAGCAGAUGCGGUGCCGGCGUCAGAAGGGGUGCUUUCCAAAGGACCAACGUAUAAAAGUUUUUACGCCAAGGAUGGGUAUGCAAAAUUGGACGGCAUCAACACCGUCUGGGAGCUUUUCGACAAUUCCGUCAAGAAAUUCGCGAAGAACAAGUUCCUUGGAAAGCGAUCCGUCGUCAACGGCGUGGCGGGUCCGUACGAAUGGCAAACGUAUGAGGAGGUUGGCGCUACGGUCAAGAAGGUCGCGUCUGCACUUCGCUUCAACGGCCUUCAACCUCAAAGCCGCGUAGGCAUCUAUGGGAUCAACUCGCCAGAGUGGUUCAUGACCAUGGAGGCAUGCAACAGCCAAUCGAUCCACUGCGUGCCACUCUAUGACACCCUUGGCCCUGAGGCAGUGGAGUUCAUUCUGAAUCACGCAGAGGUGUCUCUGGUCGCUGUCAUGCCUGCCAAUCUCCCUGCGGAGUCGAGCAAGGCGCUGAAGGACCUUGGCAUCAAGGCGCUUUCAUGGGAGGACGCUCUUAAGGAGGGCGAGUCGAACCCUGCAGAGCCGACCCCUCCAGUGCCAGAGGAUAUCUGCACGAUCAUGUACACUUCAGGCACCACUGGUGAGCCCAAGGGAGUCCUUCUCACACACAGGGCAUUGCUGGCUGCCAUUGCCGGGAAUAAGGAUUUCGUUGCAUACAAUAACAUCAACUUUGGCGAAGACGAGAUGUACCUGUCCUACCUGCCCCUGGCGCACAUAUUUGACCGCUCAGCGGAGGAGCUCAUCACCUACUUCGGUGGUGCCAUUGGCUUCUGGCGCGGGGAUGUCAAGUUGCUCACAGAGGACAUUGCAGAGCUCAAGCCCACCUUCUUUUGUGGCGUCCCUCGCAUCUUUGACCGCAUCUAUGCUGGCGUGAAGGCGAAGGUGGAGGCAGCAGGGGGCAUCGGCAAGUUCCUCUUUGACCUUGCCUACAGCCGCAAGCAGGCUCGCAUUCGAGCGGGCGUGGCGGUGCAAUUUGCUGCUCCAAUCUCAGAUGCGAUUGUCUUCAACAAGAUCAAGGCGCGUCUGGGAGGGCGGGUAAAGGCCAUCUGCUCUGGAUAUGGUCUGACUGAGACCAACGCCAGUGGGUUCAUAUCGUACACGGAGGGCAUAGAGCAGGCAGGCACGGUGGGCCCGCCCAUGCCCACUCUGGAGACACGCCUUGAGUCCGUCCCUGGCAUGAACUAUGACGCCCUCGCCACUCCUGCCCGCGGGGAGAUCUGCCUCCGCGGCCCGAUACUGUUCUCGGGGUACUACAAGCGGGAUGAUCUGACCAAGGAGGCAAUUGAUGAGGAGGGAUGGUUCCAUACAGGAGACGUGGGCGAGUGGCAGCCAGACGGCUCAAUGAAGAUAGUUGAUCGCAAGAAGAACAUCUUCAAGCUCGCUCAGGGCGAGUAUGUGGCCGUGGAGAACCUCGAGAACGUGUAUGGCAACUGCUCUGCUAUAGACAUGGUGUGGGUGUACGGGAACAGUUUUGAAUCGGUGCUGGUGGCGGUGGUGGUGCCAAACGAGGCGGCUCUAUUGGCGUGGGCCAAGGGCGCUGGGGUGGAGGGCGACUAUGCUGCCCUGUGCCAGACACCCCAGGCCAGGAGCUUCAUACUAGAAAAGCUUGUAGAGACUGGGAAGAAGGGACAGCUCAAGGGCUUUGAGAUGGUGAAGGCAGUGCAUCUGGACAGUGUGCCCUUUGAUGUCGCAAGGGACCUCCUAACACCCACCUUCAAGAAGAAGCGGCCUCAGCUCCUCAAAUACUACAAGGAGCCCAUUGACGCCAUGUAUGCUGCACUCAAAGCAUGA